GUUUUCCUUCCUCCUAUAAUUGUAACAUCGUUGGAUUGUUAUUUUCAUACACCAAAGUGAUCGCAGGUGCCGCAAUAAUUUGAAAGCUUGUUUAUUGUUUAUGAAAUAUGGCCAAUAAGGAAGAAAGUGAAGUAAAUGUAAACAUUGAAAAAUAUCGGAGGCUGGUGAAACACUACAUUGACUUGAGGUUAUAUUCUUCAGCUCUAUUUUGGGCAGACAAAGUUGUUUCCUUAAGCAGUGAAGAUCCAGAAGACAUAUACUGGUUAGCCCAAUGCAUGUAUUUGUUGAAGCAAUAUCACCGAGCAGCUGAGCUAAUUAUGAAUCGAGGUCUGGAGAAGAAGCAUGUUUUGUGCUACUACCUGGCUGCUCGUUGUUUCCUGGAAGCAUAUGAUUUACCAGAAGCCCUGCAAGUCUUGAACUGUGGAGAACAAGGGAGUUUAUUACCCAAUGUUUCAUUUUUGGAAGGAAGCCCAAAAGAAGUACAGAGUGCAGUUUUGUUGUUGAAAGGGCGUGUUUGUGAGGAGAUGGAUAACAGAGCCUUAGCUGUGGCUUGUUAUAAAGAAGCUCUCUGUAAGGAUGUUCACUGUUAUGAAGCAUUUGAAGCACUUACUCAGCAUCAGAUGCUGCCUGCAUGGGAAGAGGAAGAAGUCUUAUCGUCAUUGCCUCUGUCGGAACAAUGUUCUGGCCAGGAGGAAGAAAGGCUAGUCCGGACACUCUACCGCACAAAACUGAAGAAGUAUCAUGCUCCACAGCAAGAACCAAAUGAGAGGUUACCUGCGAAGCUUUCAAGUAACCUUGAUGUGGCAGUGUGUGAGGCAGAAAGACAUUACUACAAUUGUAAUUACCGAGAAUGCCUCAGAAUUACUGAACAGGUGCUUAAGAAGGACUCCUAUCACAGUGGGUGCUUUCCUGUACAUAUUGCGUGCCUUGUCGAUCUCAAGAUGUCAAACAAGUUGUUUUACUUGGCACAUCGCUUAGUUGACCUGUACCCAGAAUCUGCUGUAUCAUGGUUUGCUGUUGGGUGCUAUUACUACUUGAUAGGAAAGAGUGAUCCAGCUCGAAGGUACUUGGCAAAAGCUACUACACUUGACAAACUUUUUGGUCCAGCAUGGCUGGCAUACGGUCAUUCUUUUGCUACUGAGAAUGAACACGAUCAGGCUAUGGCAGCGUAUUUCAAGGCAUCACAGCUGAUGAAGGGGUGUCACCUCCCACUUUUGUAUAUUGGACUUGAAAAUGGCCUUACAAACAACGUUAGGCUAGCCGAUAAAUUUCUGAAGCAAGCUGCAGAAAUUGCGGAGGGAGAUCCAUUUGUUUUACAUGAAAUGGGUACAAUUGCCUAUCAGAACCAAGACUAUGCAGCAGCAGAACAACAUUUCACUGCAGCUUUGGAAAGAAUUAAGGUAGUAAAUGGAGAACUUAUUCCUUCACGAUGGGAGCCACUGUAUAACAAUCUGGGACAUACCUAUCGGAAACUCCGCAAGUAUGAGGAAGCGCUUCGCAUGCAUCAAGAGGCGUUGUUACUUUCACCAAUGAACGCAUCAACAUAUGCUGCCAUGGCUUUUGUGAAUGCCCUGCUUGGAAACACAUCAGACGCAGUAGAUCUAUUUCAUAAAGCAUUGGGCAUACGCAGAGAUCACACAUUUAGUACUACUAUGUUGGGAUAUUUACUGGAGCAGUUAAUGGUAGAGACACCGCCCUUCUCAAGUUCUUCAGAAACAAGUGCAGAUUCUUUCCUGUGGCAAAGCACUGUACCAUAUUUGGAUAUUGACAGGGCAGCACUACCAUCCCUUCAUGAAACAUCUACAAGCAGCCUUAGUUUUGAAGUUGAAAUGCAGGAUACCUCAGCUGUUAGGAUAUUGGAGUAGUUACUGUUGAUCUUAUACCCCAAAGAACUUUCUUGUGAUAUAACUGAUAUCAGAUUCUGUGCCCUUCUUUAAAGGUUCAGGAGAUACCUCUUAAACUGCAAUGUCAGUUUUGCAGUGUAUAUGUUCUGAAUGUAGUAUGAAAUAUUUGAUAAGAAGAUAGAAAAAUUGUAAAUAACCUUUAUAUGUGUUAUUUAUUGUGAAAUGAUUUUUGUGUACAUAUUUUAUAAUCCAUGUCUGAAAAAUGUUUUAUGUGUAUAGUUUUGAUUUGUUUA